ACGCGGGGCGACGUCGACGUGAAUCUGCUCAAAAAAUGAGAAAGCUUAAUGCAGACAGACAGCGGAGUAAACAAAGAGUUUACAUUGGAGAACACUUUCAAACUUGGAACCAGCUUCGAAAGGAUUUAGGCUUUGAUUAUCAUCACAAAUUGGCAGGAUUUCUCCUGGAGUUUUAUUUCCAUGCCAAAAAAGGAGCUCCACCACCUGAGAGUAGUUCAUUACAAACUUCUAUCCCAUCUCAGCCUAGAGAAACAGAAUAUUGUGGAAGAGUUGCCAAUUCUCCUUCAUCUUUUCAUGAAGCGGACACUAGCCAAUAUCCUAUUCUUUUACCAAGUAUCCAGGAAACUGCCAUAAAUGUUUUUGCUUCCUCUGAAAAGGAAAGCCCUGAAGUCACUGCAAAGAGAGUGCCUCCCUCCAAAAAGAAGAUUCCUCUUGCCAUUGCGCAGAACACCACUUCCCACCAAAAGGUCACUCCUAAGAGUACUGCUUCCUCCCGCAAAAGAAGCAGGGUAGCCAUUCCGAGGAGUACUGAUCUGUGUAUCGAGGAAGGACCUGAAGAUGACUUAAAGCCACCUUUUUCUUAUGCUCAGUUAAUUUAUCAGGCUAUUAUGUCUACAGAAGACCAACAAGUAACACUAAGUGGCAUAUAUGAUUAUAUAAAGAAUACUUACCCAUACUACAGAAGGGCAGAAGAACAAGGCUGGAAGAAUUCAGUACGGCAUGUACUGUCCCUUCAAAGCUGCUUUAUGAAGGUUCCACAACUUGAGGAUGCAUCUCAAAAGGGUUCAUUUUGGAGGCUAGAUGUUGAAAAGCUAUCAUAUGAUAAGUUGAGAAGACUGCAAGAGAAGUUAGUACGACGCCGCAAACCACUUACUAAAAGGUCACUUCCUACCUCUUCCAAUCACACAGUUAGAACCUUCAAACUUAUUAAUAAAAAGUUAUGUGGAAAAAAGAAUCCAAGUUCAAAGGGAUUGGAGGGUGACAGUCAACCAGCCCCGCUGUUGACAGCAGGUUCUCCAGCCACCUCCUCUCAGAAUUCUGCUUCCAAGUCUGCUAUCCAUCAACUGCCCACAGUCAACACAGUACCAGAUAUUGUCAUAUCUAAUCCCACACCAAUGAUGCUUAAUGGAACAUCUGAAGUUCCCCUCCUUUCUGAUGAAUCACAGAUGGAAAUCAAAGAGCAAAUCAAUUCUUCGUUACAAGGAAAAUUAGAAGCAACAGCAGAAGAACUCAAGCCGGUAUUACUUGUUAAAAAUCUUACCUUUGGGCAAAGUGAGAACAUGGACAUCAUACAACAACCUGACCUGUCCCUCCCUGUGACUUCAUCAGGUCCACAGACACUGACAGCUACCAUAUUUAGUCAGCCUGUUACAUCACAAGAAGGGGAGAACACUCUGUUUCCUCAACUAACCCUGCCAAGUCUUGCUCCACAGCAACAGUCGCUGGUUCCCAAAGUAACUGGAAUUCCUGUAACUUUUAAAUUAAGUAAUCCAGAUGAAGAAUCCUUGGAAAAUAAUGACCAAGCUUCAGGACACAUUGAUGUCAAUGAGAUCAUAAUAGAAGUGAAAGAAGAGGAGACUGAGGAAAGUGAAGGAGAGUUUUACUAGAGCAAAUCGUUGCCCUUGGUUCUGAAGCAUGAAAUAAACAGUGUUCAUCUUUCAAGGGCAAGAAACACAAUGACGCUUUCUUUACAUUGUUGUAUAUAAGAUGAAUAAAGGUUAGGACUUGGCAUUUAUGAGUUAU